AUGCUAAAAUGGAAUAUCACUGGUGAGGCGAUCGAGUCCGCCACUCACAAGCUGAGAUUGCUCGGUCGGCAGGCAUGCCAUCAAGCUCCAUGUUUUGAACCUGAUUCGAGCCAAACCCAGCAUUCGACCGAAAUUAUUGUGUCUUCUAGUGGCAUACUACCAGACUCUACUGCUUCUUCGACAUAUUCUCGUCCACCAGUUCGGGACAAUACUACCUGCUUUGGGAACAUAGAGACAGUGGCUGUCGCAACCCCUUCCCUUCCUGCCAUCAUCCCAACUUAUACUGGCUCGAAAACCAGAACUAAAGGUCUUUUGGAAAGCAAUGAUAGAUUCUUUGAUCUGGCUGUACAAGAUAAUAUAGGAGAACUCUGUUCCUUAGUUGCAGAACGGGCUGAUUCAGUAGCGGUCGCAUCUUCAUUACUGGUAACCACUAGUGGGAAAGUAUUAUCAGAGGGUCUUCCGCCUGACGAGCCAGGUGAGCCGAAUAACGAAAUGAAAGAACAGGUGGUCAGCAGGCAGAUAAGUACAGACCAGGCUCCUAGUCCUGACCAGUCUCUGCACAAUUUUAGUGAUUCAAUUCCAAUCGAAUGUUCAAAUGUUGCAGCCUCCACUCUUGGCAUUGGGCCUUGCACCGGUGACGCAACUGGGCUGGUUGGAGGAGGUGGAAUAGUCUCCAGUAUUUUCGGUUGUGGCUCAGAAGGCAACCUACUUACAGCUUCGAAACGCCACACCGCCACUAGUUUUGCCAUCGGCUUCGGCUGGAAAAUGUCGCCUACAUUGCCCGGAGCUACAGGCGGAGCAUUCUUGGAAUCUUUCGGAGACAGUAUAGAGAUGCCAGGGAUGCAGACCUACUGCUCUUUAGCCUCCCCGAAUCCAACAGGUGAAGGAGGGUGCACUAGCCCUUUGCCUAUGGGCUCAAUUUGUGGAAAUUCACACGCCGGCUUGGAGGCCAGUCUUUCGGUUUCAACUGCCGUCAAAAGAGCCUGCAUUGGCAUUGGCAGUGGCGGGGGUAGUUUUGAUAGUAGCCCAGCACACAAUCGAGAUCUGGAACAACUGGCUUCUGCUAGCUUGCGUUUAACGUGGGCGGAGCUGGUACUCAGGCUGCAAGAGGACAUGUCCACUCUAUUCCGCGAAUUCUGGGAGAUCCCAAUGAAUCACGCUUCUAAGCACGAUUGCCCUAUAGCUGGAAUCGGACAAAAGAAUCGCUACCAGUCCAUUAUUCCAAGUAUAUUAUUAUAA